UAUUUUCAAGAACGACAACUCAUUGUCAAAACGUAAACAAAGAUGUCGUUCACACGUGGGUAUUUCGCGGGGACUGUUACGACACUGUUUGCUAUUGGAGUUUACCAGUACUCGCGAGAAUCGUCCCCACAGAGUUCCCAACGAGAUAGACCCCAGCUUACAGACGAUGUUAAAGAGGAGAUCAAACGGCGGAUCUUAAGAUACGGUGUCCCCCAGAGAGGGUGCGAGCCACGGGUCUACACUAACCACGUGAUCUCGUAUGACCAGAGCAAGAAGACUCCAGUAUGGGUUGCGGAACUUAUCACACAGGAUACGAUUCAGGGAACUGCCAGUCGCAAGCAUUCCAAUUUCAUGCCAGACCCAAGCAUUCCGCCGCUGUUCAGUGCAGACAACUCGGAUUAUCGUGGCAGUGGCUGGUCUCGAGGACACAUGGCUCCUGCAGGAGACAAUAAAUUUGACCAGAAAGCAAUGGAUGACACAUUUUACCUUUCCAAUAUAGUUCCGCAAGACAUUGACAAUAACGCCGGUUUCUGGAACCGCUUUGAGAUGUACUGUCGUGACCUGGCCAAGCGGUUCGACAGUGUCCAAGUGGUCAGUGGACCAAUGGUUCUCCCGUCUACAUUGAAUGACAGGGGUCAGAGGGUCGUCACUAACCCGGUGAUUGGACAAAAUGAGGUAGCAGUCCCAACCCACCUCUACAAAGUCAUCCUUGUGGAGGCAGAUAAAAGACCAAUUGCCAUUGGCUGUUUUAUUGUUCCCAAUGAACCGAUAGAAAACAAGAAUUCUUUGAAAGAAUUUCAAGUGACUCUUGAAGAAGUUCAGAAAAGGACUGGUGUUAUUUUUUUCCCUGAACUAAAAAACAACAAUAAUCUACAAGGUCUGUGUACUGUAGACUCUUGUGUGUUAGGAAAGAGGCAUCGGUAAUUCAUAUUUCAUUAUAGAAAAUUCUUCAACCAUGAUACAGUGUACCAGGUAAAAACUUGAAGAUAAUUUUUAAAAUUACAUUGAAUACAUGUGAACAGAGAGUAUGUUUGUCAAAUGUUUUUAGUUCAUCAACAUUUUAUGCACAUGCAUGUAGAGGCAAAGAAUAUUUCUAUAAACUUGAUAUAUUAAUUUUUUUAUUAAAUUUGCUUUGCACAUUUGGUAUUAUACACAUUGUUACAGUAUUUUACAAUACGGUAUAUACAGUCACAAGUAUAGACUACAGUGUGCUUUUCUCUUUACUCUGUGUUGACCUCAUAUUGAAAAAGUGCAAUAAAUAGACUAUUAAUUGGUCAUGAUUUAA